GGAACGAAUAAUUUCCACAAAACAUUCCCUUCACAAUGUAAUUGACCAAACUAUAUAUUCAUCACAAACCACAUGCCCCAUCUUUCUGAAUCACCCUUUUUUUGUAUUCUUUAAGGUCACAUGGCCUAGAACUCUUGUUCAAUCCACCGUGGGAAGAUCGAGCUAGCUAACAACAAGAAAAGAAGAAGUUUAAAACCUAAAGCAAAGUGAUUCCAAAUCCAAAUUUGGUUUAUCAUUCAUAAAAAAGGAUCACAUGGAAGGGGAAAGAGAUCAUGUUCCCAAUUUUGAGCUUCAAGUUUCAUUCACAAACACUCCUCAACCCAUAACCGAAAUGGGUUUUGUUGAUCAUUUUGAAGAAAACCAGGUUCUUAGCUUCUUGGCUCCCUCUGCACAAUCCCAAUCCUCUCAACCUCUAACUGGCGGCGGCAGCAACGACGCAUCCACCACCGCGGCAGCCUCAACUCUUGGCUUCAGCCAUGACGACCUUGUCAACAGAACUUCUUGGAAUAGUAACGAGCAGUUUCAGGUGAGAACUAUUGAUCCGAAGGCUGUCAGUGAUGAAAAUUGCACUGGAAAUACUAGUGAUGGGAACAACACAUGGUGGAGGAGUGGAGGGUCAGAGAAGAGCAAGGUGAAAGUGAGGAGGAAGCUGAGAGAGCCAAGGUUUUGUUUCCAAACAAGAAGUGAUGUGGAUGUGCUUGAUGAUGGUUACAAAUGGAGGAAAUAUGGUCAGAAAGUUGUCAAGAAUAGCCUUCAUCCAAGAAGUUAUUACCGUUGCACCCAUAGCAAUUGCAGGGUGAAAAAAAGAGUUGAACGUCUCUCAGAAGAUUGUCGUAUGGUGAUAACAACGUAUGAAGGUAGACACAAUCACUCUCCUUGCGACGAAUCAAAUUCAUCUGAACAUGAAUGUUUUACCUCUUUUUAAACAAUAUGACGUCGUUUCAAACAGGAAUAUGUACUAAUAUUAAAAUACUCGUGGGAGUGUGGUUGAUUUUUAGUUUUUUACUUGUUACUAAAUUAAAUUUCGAUAUCAUCUAUAUAUUGUUAAUAUUUAAAUGCAUGUAAAUUUCUGACUCAUAUGGCAGCGAGGUUGCGUUCCCCUCUCUUUCGUCGAUUAAGUGUUGGAUGGGGAAUGCAUCAGUCAGUUAUGUCCCUGAA